AUGGCCUUUUUUGGAAGAAUAUUUCGCCCAAAAAAUCACCGCAAAGAAGACAAAGAAAAUGAGAAUCAGAUGGAGCCUCGAGAUGCAUACGAGCGUAAAUCGAUGCGCAGCAGCAUCAGCCAGCGGAACAGAAAGGAUAAACACGUUCAAUACGAGAACGAUUUAAUGUCGGCUACAGCCGCCUACCAUGUCCCAACGCAACCAAAAAAUUAUCGAGGCCCGAGGAGUUUACCCGGUGGAUCGAAAUAUCAGGACGAUUACAACAACGCUCUGAAUCGCUCGUUCGAGUCGAAUUUCUACGAUUCGGAUCGUCGAUCGCGACGCCCGCCAAAAGAUCUCUCCUAUCACAAAUAUGGUAGAGCACGCUCAAACUACGAGACAUCCGAGUACGGGAGUCAAGAUCCGUCACCGGUGGGUGAGAGCAGUCGAAUGAGAGCGCCCUAUGCUACGGCACUCGAUGAUGAUUCCGAUGAAGAGUACACAAAAAAGGAGAAGAUUAUCACCCUCGAUCAUUCCCUCAAAAUGGCGAUGAGCGAGAAUAAACGAUUGAAAGAAGCGUUAUAUAAAAAGAAUAAAGAUUGCGAAAAUUACAAGGAUCAGCUGAAGAAACAAGAACGAAUGCAACAGCUUCUCGAAGAAAAGCUCGAGUUCCAGCAGAAAACGAUCGAAAAGCUCGGCAAGUACAAGAGACAUUAUCUAGCGCAACAAGAGAACAGUCAACAGCAAUAUUUCCCAAAUCAUUUCGGUUUUGGAAUGCCACAUUCGGGUCGUCACUCACUGGUGCCAAAUCCGAUGUUUCACUCGUACUCUCAUCAAUCCCAGCACACACCCAGCACUUCAGCCAUGGACUCUUUUAAUGGAGCUGGUGAAGCCUUGACUUCAGAUGUCUCGAUUGUUAGCCCACAAGAUAAUCCUCUCUUGAUACCAUUUGGAGCGCUGACCAUGAAUCAAACAGGGCCUCUCUCGUCGGCUACUCAGAAUUUUCAACAUAACUCCGCCAACUCGCCCACAAAAGUGACCCCGGCCGAUGUGACGCUUGGCCAGAAUAUCGUUGACGAUGAAGAUGAGGAAAAAGAUGAUGUCAAAGUUUUCCGACAAAACGCAUACUUUGGGAACACGGAGGAAAACGAGCUCAAUUUGGAAGUGACACGCGCCGAUUCGGGGCGCAGCAACACGCCGAUUCCCGAUGAACAGUCUUUAACGCUCCGGGAAGAAAUGUACAGUGCUCAUUCGACGCUUACCCGAUCGAAUGAUGAAAGUGAUACGGCGGAGCGAUCAAGUUCAAUGAAGAAAUCACUAAGCACUGACUUA